CUCCCCUUCCUUCAACGUCGACCUUGUCAUCUCUGUCUCUCCCUCUGUCAAGAAGUUGGCAACGAGGGAAGCUUCAUUUCCCGACUUUCGCUGUAGCCUACAACCUGACUCUAGGUCUUGUAGCGACAGCUCUCGUGACGUAGCUUAGUUGCCUUCUGGAGAAGGAUAUUGCGCCGCUGGCCGCCUACCGAUACGAUAACCUGAUUGUCCCUUCUCUCACGCCUGCACACAUCACACAAGGAAACAAAAGCAACAAUGGGAAAGAAUCAGAGCAAGCUGACGCCUGAGCAGCUCGUUGACCUCCAGAAGAGCACCUACUUCGACCGCAAGGAGCUUCAACAAUGGUACAAGGGCUUUCUCAAGGACUGUCCCUCGGGUGUGCUGGAUAAGGCAGAGUUUGCUCGAAUCUACAAGCAAUUCUUCCCCUUUGGUGAUCCUUCUACCUUUGCCGACUUCGUCUUCAACGUCUUUGAUGAGAACAAAAACGGAACAAUCGACUUUAAGGAAUUUAUUUGCGCGCUCAGCGUCACCAGCCGAGGCAGGCUCGACGAGAAGCUUCGAUGGGCGUUCCAGCUGUACGACAUUGAUGGUGACGGCACCAUUACCUACGACGAAAUGCUUACCAUCGUGAGGAGCAUCUACAAAAUGACGGGACAAAUGGUGAAGCUGCCCGAGGAUGAGGAUACGCCAGCAAAGAGGGUCGACAAGCUGUUUGCGAUGAUGGACAAGGACAAGAAUGCGCAGCUGUCGUUUGAGGAAUUCCAAGAAGGGUCAAAGAAGGACCCCACUAUCGUUCAGGCCCUCUCGCUGUACGACGGCCUCGUGUAGACGAGAACACUUUGCUUAUUCAAUGCUGUCAUCGUCUUUCUUCUGCGUCUUUCGACCCUCUAUUUCAACCGAACUAAGUCUCUCAUAGUUACAGUUACACGGUCUACGCGAUGCUUUUAAGAAGAAAGAGAGAACACUUUGUAGGGCUUCUCCUCGCUGUCGUCAUGAGUAAGGCGGCGGCGGCGAACAACACGAACCCGGG